AUGUGCAAUGUUUCAUUUAAAAGUAUAAUAUGGUAUUACGAUGAGUGGCAACCCGGCUACGAAAAUAAAUUAAAUAUUAAAUACACGCAGGGCUUACCAAACAUGAGCGAUUUUAACGGUUCCGAACCAACUUUAAUUAUAAUAGACGACCUAAUGAAAGAAGCGGGUGGUGCAAUUGUGGAUAUAUUUACAAAGGGAAGUCAUCAUAGAAAUUUAAGCGUAUUUUACAUAACACAAAAUCUUUUUCAUCAAGGAAAAGGUCAGAGAGAUAUUUCAUUAAAUGCCCACUAUAUAAUUUAUUUUAAAAACCCUAGAGAUAAAGCGCAGAUUUCACAUUUAGCAAGACAAGUAUACCCUGAAAAUUCCCGAUUUAUUCAAGACGCAUAUUAUGAUGCAACGACUCGAGCUCACGGAUAUUUAGUACUUGAUUUAAAGCAAAAUACACCUGAAUCUCUUAGAAUUAGAACAAAUAUAUUACCCAGUGAAUAUCCUACAAUAGUUUAUGUUCCUAAAAAGGGAAGUAAACACGAAUCAUAUGCUGAAUAUUGUAUUAACCCUGUGUAG